CUUUCCAUCACCGCCCUUAUCCAUUUUCUUAUGUGAUAAUCAAGUCCCUGGAUCACAAGUCUACUGCAAAAAGAAACAUGACCCGUUCAAGCAACUUAGUCAUCGUGGAAGCCAACCAUGUCCUGUGUGCUAUUUCGCAGAAACCAAGCGAAAACUGCCGGACGCAGCAACCGCCAGAAGCAAAGCCUGCAAUUACCUGUACUUCGGUUGGCAUGCAUGGAGAGAGUGCUUCCAAGAAGCUCAUGAACUCCGAGGUCUCAUUCCACCACCUCCUUAUAUAAACUCCUACCUCUUCCUCCAUUACACCCAUCAACCACAAUCCCACGCAUAAAUCUUACCAGCUAUUCCCAGAUCUUCGAUCUUCACCAUGAUCUCGCAGGAUACUUCCAGUAUGGGCUCAGAUAAGAGCUCCUCCGUACAGUUUCAGGACUUCCUACCGUUGAUGGCGAGGAAACUUGGUGUGGAGGGGCUGAUUCAGGAGCUCUGCAAGGGGUUCCAGCUGCUGAUGGACCCCAGCACAGGCAAGAUCACCUUCCAGAGCCUGAAGCGGAAUGCAUCCAGGCUCGGGUUAGGCGAGCUUCGGGAUGAUGAGCUCCUGGAGAUGAUGAGGGAAGGGGACCUGGAUCAGAUGAAGUUCUGCAUUCUCAUGGUCAGACUGAGCCCAGAGCUGAUGGAAGAAGAGGCACACAGGGUGUUUGACUUUGAACACUGAUGCAAUUUGAUCCUUGUUUCUUGAAUACAACAGAAUACAGUGAUUUGUCGUCAAUUUGUUUGUCCAACUCCAUUGCGGUUCUGAAUUCUGAAACUCAAAUGUAGUCUGACAGACUAACAAUGCUCAUAUCAUAGGAUUCUAACACAAGGUAAAAGAAUAGACUACAGAGUGUCAUGAGGAUUCACUUUGCAGUCACUGCAUGUAUGACCACUUCACUCUAAUCUAUCAAUACAAAGAUACUAUGUCCUGUGAUCA